ACCGCUUUCGUAUUGCGUGUGUGUGUCUGUCUGUCUGUUUGUUCGACGAUCCUUAUCCAACCGCCGCGCUACCGUUUCGCGAUGAACUACAAGAAGAACCUGUUGCUGCUGUACGACCGCCCGCGGGAACCCAUUUUUAUGGGCAAGGGCAAGUCGGUGUUCGAUGUGCCGGAUAACUACCUGACGGAUCGGUAUCGCCCCAUUGGGCCGGAGAUUCAGAACCGAUUCGGGGAGCUGGCCGAGGAACGCAUCCCGGUGCGGAGCAUUGCUCUGCCGGAUUUGCGCAUUCCGAUGUCGCUGGGACGGCAGGAGCAGUUUUCGCUGUUCAUUCCGCGGCACCGGAAGAUUGCGGCGCGGCUGAUCGACAUCUUUAUGGGAAUGCGCAACAUCGAGGAACUGCAGAGCUGCGCCGUGUUCGCUCGCGAUCGCAUCAACCCGUACCUCUUCAACUAUGCCCUCUCGGUGGCCCUGCUGCAUCGUCGGGACACCAAAAACCUUGACCUCCCGUCGGUGGUCGAAGUCUUCCCGGACAAAUACGUCGACUCGCGUGUCUUCGAGCAAAUCCGCGAGGAAGCCACCGUAGUGCCCGAGGGUAUGCGUAUGCCCAUCGUCAUCCCGAAGGACUUCACCGCGUCCGAUCUGGACGAAGAGCACCGGUUGUGGUACUUCCGCGAGGACAUCGGCGUCAACCUGCACCACUGGCACUGGCAUCUGGUUUAUCCUUUCGAGGCGUCCAAUCGUGCGAUCGUCGAUAAGGAUCGCCGCGGAGAACUGUUCUACUACAUGCACUCGCAGCUGAUCGCGCGGUACAACUUUGAACGGUUCUGUAACAGGUUGCAACGCUGCAAGCGUUUGAACAACCUCCGGGAGCCGAUCGCAGAGGGGUACUUCCCCAAGCUAGACUCCCUGGUGGCGUCCCGUACUUGGCCCGGGCGGGUUGACAAUGCCGUAAUCAAGGACCUGAACCGCGAGCUGGAUCAGAUCAAGCAGGACGUUUCGGAUCUGGAACGCUGGAUCGAUCGUAUCUACGAAGCCGUUCACCAGGGUUAUGUGGUGGACGAGUCCGGUAAUCGCAUCUUCCUGGACGAAGAGAAAGGCAUCGACAUUCUGGGUAAUAUAAUUGAGUCUUCAAUUUUGUCACCCAAUCGCCAGCUGUACGGCGACAUGCACAACGUUGGACACGUGUUCCUGUCGUACACGCACGAUCCGGACCACCGGCAUCUGGAGUCUUUUGGGGUGAUGGGUGACGUGGCUACGGCCAUGCGUGAUCCGGUGUUCUACCGUUGGCACUCGUUCAUCGACGACAUCUUCCAGGAGCACAAGAUCAAACUGCCGGCGUACACCAAGAGUCAGCUCACCUACGAGGGUAUCUCGGUAACUGGCAUCAUCGUGCAGUCGGAGGGAGCCCCGGUCAACACUAUGCACACCUACUGGCAGCAGUCGGACGUGGACCUGUCGCGUGGAAUGGACUUUGUCCCACGUGGAAAUGUGUUUGCCAGGUUCACCCAUCUGCAGCACGCCCCGUUCCAGUACGUGAUUCAGAUCGAAAACGCCUCCGACGCGCAACGGAUGGGCUUCGUGCGUAUCUUCAUGGCCCCGCGGAACGAUGAACGUGGCCAGCCGAUGCUCUUCCGAGACCAGCGUCUCUUCAUGGUCGAAAUGGACAAGUUCCUGGUGGCACUUCGCCCCGGUUCCAACCGCAUCCGGCGCCGCUCCAACGAGUCCACCGUAACCAUCCCGUUCGAGCGGACCUUCCGCAACCUGGACGACAAACGUCCGGAAACGGGCACCCCCGAGGAGGAAGCAUUCAACUUCUGUGGUUGCGGAUGGCCCGCACACAUGCUUGUGCCCAAGGGCCUCCCAGAAGGCUUCCCAACCGAUCUGUUCGUGAUGGUUUCCAACUACGAGGACGACCGGGUGGUUCAGGAUCUGGUCGGUACCUGUAACGAUGCGGCGUCCUAUUGCGGAGUGCGCGAUCGGCUCUACCCGGAUCGGAAGGCCAUGGGCUAUCCGUUCGAUCGGUUGGCCCGGUCCGGAGUGGACCGGCUGUCGAACUUCGUGACACCGAACAUGGCCAUCCAGUCGGUGAACGUCAUCCACAUCGACAAGACCGUGCCGAGGACCUAGGUUGAAGUUUAAUGAUUCGGGGAUACCAUUUACAUUGACUAUAAUGGCAAUUGAUUGUGGGAAUGAUUAAAUGAAUUACAGAGUUUAUAUAGAAGAA